CAAGUAUAAAAUAAAAACCACACUAUAUAAACUAGGCAGAAGAAGAAAUCAGUACCUAAAAAAAUAUUGAGUGGCUGGUUAGAACUUGAGACUAAUAAUGGAUGGUAUAGUUCAACUGCAGAGGCAACUUGUUGAUUAUACUGCUUCCCUAUUUCAUGAGGGUUUUCUAGAUGACCAAUUUAACCAGCUUCAGCAACUUCAAGAUGAAAGCAACCCAGAUUUUGUGGUUGAAGUGGUGACUCUCUUUUUUGAAGAUGCGGAGAGGCUUCUUAAUGAGCUCACAAAAACACUAGGCCAGCCAAGCAUUGAUUUUAAAAGGUUGGAUGCUCAUGUUCACCAGUUGAAGGGUAGCAGCUCCAGCAUUGGAGCACAGAGAAUUCACAGAGUCUGCAUUUCCUUCCGAAACUCUUGUGAGGAGCAAAACGUUGAAGGGUGUCUUAAAAACUUGCAACAGGUGAAACAGGAGUAUUCCUUGGUGAAAAGCAAGCUUGAAACUCUCUUCAGGAUGGAGCAACAGAUUUUGGCUGCAGGUGGGUAGUGUGAUACGAGGCAGAGAUAUUUUGCAGCCAUUGCAAUUUGCAAACAACACUCAGAACAAAUCAUGUCCAAUCUGCAAACAAAGCAACCCCACUUCUAUGUUGUAUUUUAACUUUGUGUAUGAUUUUGUCCAGUGGAUCAUGGUUGUGAAAUUGGAUUUAUCAUUUAAGCCAGAGUUGGCCCAUAUUUAGUCCAAAAGCAAUGUGAAUAACCCAUGAUCUCUUAGCUGUUCAAAUAUUAACUAUCUUAAUUUUUGCCUAUAAACUGUCUUCGAUAAUA